UUGUUUUUUAGUCCAUUUUUGAGAUUUGGUGGAAUAGGGUUCCUUUUUCUUUCUUUCCCUUUUUUUUCCUCCCUAAAUGCAGGGGUGAUGGGGUUGUUAUUUUGUUGUUCUUGCCUUACUGGUUUGCAUGGAUGGAAGCUCACUGUACUCUGUAUGUACAGACUAUCUUCUGAGUUAACUAACACUCCAGCUCGCAGCCCACUAAAGCCAUUCUUGCAGUUUGGUAGUAAAUAUUGUAGCUCCGGGUGUUUUCAAAACACCGCGAUUGUACAGAAAGUGACAGGAUUUGCUCUGAACCCUUCCUUCCUGCUGUUCCCGAGUAGAGGGACGCCUGCCGUGAUUCGUCUUGGAGACCUUAAAAAAGAAUAAAACCCGGAAUACUUUGGGGGUGGUUCUGGGAUAAAUAGAGGACUGGUGGGGAGAGUAAAAGAGUGAAUUACAUUUUCUCUUCCCACCAUUUCCCCCCUCCCUGUUUCUUCCUAACCCCUUCCCCCUACUCCCGGUACUGGCAGACCCCAUGUGUUCUUUGCCACCUUUCUGACGUGAAGACAUUAUUUCGAAAAGAAGGUAAUUAUAGAACAUCUAAAUGUCCAUACAAGUGUCUUUCCCCAGCUACUAAGGGUUGGGAGAUGUAGUAGUCCCCCAGUGAACCCCUCCCCCAGCCAAACUCUUUUGUUUUCACAAAUCAAAUCAGGCUGCUAAACUCUCAAUUAGCACGACAGUUAACACGUCAGUAUUCCCCGGGUUUAGUAGUUUAACAGUUUGGGGACUAUCGGAUCCCCGCUUAGGGUGCAAAGGGAGAAGAUAAGUUUAUUCUGAACAGGACAAACCUGACUCAUUAGUGGCCUGCAAACUGCGUUACUAAUUUCCCUCCAACCUGAUUCGAUCGGUGUUGGCCAAACUUCUAAGGAAAGAAGUUCUGUGCAGUGACAGAGGGCAAGAAAGUGUUUCUGGACAGUGGGGUGGCCAACGGGACCGGAAUACUUCGUGCCCACUUGGCUACAAAGACACCAGAGGACUUCGAUUACCUUUGGCCAGAAGCAAACCAAGAUGACUUUCAGUGUGGGUCUGUGGAGUAAACCAGCUGGCGUUUAUUUAUACGUGGAUCGCACUUUCCUUGCCUUUGGGGAAUGUUUCUGCAUAUGAAUAAAAAAGAUUGUGGGAGGAAAAAUUAUCAGGAAGUGGUUCUCCAAACUCUCUGAACAUGCAAGCUCCAACAAGGGAAGCAAAUGAUGAAUAAGCAAUACUAAAUUUGACGGUGAGAACAUGUAUAUGAGUAUGACAGAGCCGAGCCAGGACUAUGUGCCAGCAAGCCAGUCUUACCCUGGUCCAAGUCUUGAAAAUGAAGACUUUAACAUUCCUCCUAUUACACCCCCUUCACUACCUGACCAUUCGCUGGUGCAUCUGAAUGAAGUAGAGUCUGGUUAUCACCCUCUUUGUCACCCAAUGAACCAUAAUGGGCUGCUUCCAUUCCAUCCGCAAAAUAUGAACCUACCUGAAAUUACUGUAUCCAACAUGCUGGGCCAAGAUGGAACACUGCUUUCAAACUCAAUUUCUGUGAUGCAAGAUAUACAGAGUACAGAAGGAGCUCAAUAUAGUUCCCAUCCUCAGAUGGCAGCCAUGAGACCAAGGGUUCAGCCUGCAGAUAUUAGGCAGCCAGGAAUGAUGCAGCAUGGUCAGCUGACUACCAUUAACCAAUCACAGCUCAGUGCACAGCUUGGUUUGAAUAUGGCGGGAAACAAUGUUCCCCAUAACUCACCAUCUCCACCUGGAAGCAAGUCGGCAACUCCUUCGCCAUCCAGUUCAGUCCAUGAAGAUGAAGGGGAUGAUACCACUAAGAUAAAUGGUGGAGAGAAAAGGCCUGCUUCUGAUAUGGGAAAGAAACCAAAAACUCCCAAAAAGAAGAAGAAGAAGGACCCAAAUGAGCCUCAGAAACCUGUGUCUGCCUAUGCAUUAUUCUUCCGAGAUACCCAGGCAGCCAUCAAAGGCCAAAAUCCAAAUGCUACUUUUGGUGAAGUCUCUAAAAUUGUGGCCUCAAUGUGGGAUGGUUUAGGAGAGGAGCAAAAACAGGUCUACAAAAAGAAAACUGAAGCAGCAAAGAAAGAAUACCUGAAGCAGUUAGCUGCAUACAGAGCAAGCCUCGUAUCCAAGAGUUACAGUGAACCUGUUGAUGUUAAAACAUCCCAGCCUCCUCAGCUGAUUAAUUCUAAACAGUCAGUGUUCCAUGGGCCCACUCAAACUCAUUCAGCUCUCUACCUAAGUUCCCACUAUCAUCAGCAGCCGGGAAUGAAUCCUCACGUAACUGCCAUGCACCCUAGUCUCCCCAGGAACAUAGCACCGAAACCUAAUAACCAAAUGCCAGUGACUGUGUCUAUAGCCAACAUGGCAGUGUCUCCUCCUCCUCCCCUUCAGAUCAGCCCACCUCUUCACCAGCAUCUCAAUAUACAGCAACACCAGCCAAUCACAAUGCAGCAGUCAAUUGGAAACCAACUACCAAUGCAGGUCCAGUCUGCCUUACAUUCACCCACAAUGCAACAAGGGUUUGCUCUUCAACCUGACUAUCAGACUAUUAUCAAUCCCACAUCUACUACUGCACAGGUUGUAACCCAAGCAAUGGAGUAUGUACGUUCAGGCUGCAGAAAUCCUCCGGCACAGACCGUGGACUGGAAUAAUGACUACUGCAGUAAUGGGAGCAUGCAGAGGGACAAAGCGCUGUACCUUACCUGAAAAUCAGAUCGCCUCUUCUUUCCAAGAAGGAAUGCAGGGAAGUCUUUUCACCAUGGAUUGCUUUGUGCAAUCAAGGCAGUUCUGCAAUUUAUUAGAAAAUACAAGUUGCUAAGCACUUAGGACUAUUUGAGCUUGUGGGUCACCCACCCUGGGAAAAAAAAAAUAGUCAUGCUUCUUUCUUUAUUGUUUCUCUCUCUCUCUCUCCCAUCCCCAUCCCUCUAAAUACUUUACGGACAUUGUUUUUCUUCUUCCCUGAGGGAAACUUGGACCAUUCAGAUUUUAUGUUGGUUUUUUGUUGUGAAGUGCUUCGCUAUAGUAACUGCCUUAGCAACUGUAGACGUCUCGGAUUAAAGUCCUGGAUUUUCCAUUGGUUUUCAUAAUGGGUGUUUAUAUGAAACUACUAAAGACUUUUUAAAUGGCUUGAUGUAGCAGUCAUAGCAAGUUUGUAAAUAGCAUCUAUGUUACACUCUCCUAGAGUAUAAAAUGUGAAUGUUUUUGUAGCUAAAUUGUAAUUGGAAACUGGCUCAUUCCAGUUUAUUGAUUUCACAAUAGGGGUUAAAUUGGCAAACAUUCAUAUUUUUACUUCAUUUUUAAAAAACAACCAACUGACUAAUAGUUCUAUAUUUUCAAAAUAUUUGAGAAAAAAUAUUCCCAAAUGAUUUUAAUUUAAAAACCAAUUGGCUUUGUCUCAUUGAUCAGACAAAAAAUAUUUUGGGGGAAGCGCAAACACAUUUAUUUUGUACUGCAGAAAAAAAAAAUUGCUUUUUUUGUAUCACUUUUUGUGUAAUGGUUAGUAAAUGUCAUUUAAGUCCUUUUAUGUAUAAAACUGCCAAAUGCUUACCUGGUAUUUUAUUAGAUGCAGAAACAGAUUGGAAACAGCUAAAUUAUAACCUUUACAUAUGGCUCUGUAUUAUUGUUUCUUCAUACUGUGUCUGUAUUUAAUCUUUUUUUAUGGAACCUGUUGCGCCUAUUUAUGAAAUAAUAAAUAUAGGUGUUUGUAAGUAAAUUUGUUAGCAUUUUAAAGAGGUUUCUUUGAUGUUUUAACUUUUGCUGGCAAAAAAAAUAUUCGCACCUGGUGUGAAUACUUUAUUAUUUAGUUUUUACAGUGACAUGAAUAAAGCCAAACCUGCUUUUCAUUUAGCAGCAAAUGAAAAUAACCAAUCCUUAUUUCUGCAUUUCUUUAGUUGGUGUAAAAGCAAAAAAAAAAAAAAAAAAAAAAAAAAAAAAAAAGAAAAAGAAAAAAGCAAAAAAAAAAAGAAAAAAGAGAUCCUAUUUAAGAACUUCCCUUCUUAAUCCAAUGAAACAGGGAACUACCCUAAAAGACACACGAACCACAAGACUAAACAAACAAAAGGGUCCUCCAUCCAAAAAGGGUUACUUCUUGGUUCUCAGUCCAGUUUUAGUUAAUAAAGAAAAUUUUAAAGUAAAAGAAAAGCAAAAUAGAGAAAACCAGCCUGAACUGACUAAAAUGCCUCCUCCAGUUACAUUUAAUGGACAUUCAGAAAGCUUAUGAAAAUGAAUGAAUUAGGGUUGGGGUAGGGGUGGGAGUGGGGUGGGGGAUAAAGGGUGUGGAAAGAAGGAAGUUAAGGGAAACAUAGCCGUCUAAAAUGCCUCCAAAAAUGAAAAAUGAGUGGCCAAAGCAGCAGGGAGAAAGAAAAAGAAACUCAGAAGCAAAAGUCAAUCAUAAAGAAUGAGGUUCUUGUUGUCCUUUGUGACUACUACAUGCCUCUUCACUCUCCAAAAGCCCUAUGUUUGUCAGAGGAAUUCCGUGGGUGCAAGAGACCUGCAGGAGAACAGAGGACUACUGGAAUCUAGCUGGACAUAUGCACGGCUUUUAGAUCAAAGAGCUCUAGCAAAACAGACCCUUAUGGAAGAUUGUAUCCAGGAAGCUAGUCUAGUUGGUAAUUAAGGGAAUGGCUGAUGUCUCUUUCAUGCAGUGUGUGAAAUAAACUUAGCAAUUUAACUAAAUACAAAUAUAUGCAUUGUGUAAUCCAGUCAGAAUAAAAAAGACAAAAGGUAUGCUUGCUUUGGAAUGAUUUUAGGCAUUGUACAACCUUGAAUCACUUGAGCAUGUAAUAACUAAUAAAUAAUGCAGAUCCAAUGUGAUUAUUAAAAUGACUGUAGCUGAGAGCUCUAAUUUUCCUGUCUUGAAACUGUAUAAGAACUCAUGUGAUUGAGUUCACAGCUUAUUGUUUGUCUGUUUAGCAUUUUAGAAAUAUACCAGCACUACUAAUUACCUAAUGUCUUUUAUUUAUUAUAUUAUGAUAAAGUAAAAUUUUGAGUCGCAUUAAUUCUAAAAUGAGAAGGUAAUUACUAGAGUGAGAACAACCCGAUUUGACUUUGACAGGCAGUUUGUACAGGAAAGUAUUAUGUUGUUUAUGGCCUUUCUAGAGCAGGUGUACAACCAGGGUAGGAAGAGUGUUGAAAUUCAAUACCAAAUACAGUAAAAACAUAAAUGUAAAUAAAAGAAAAUACAUCAUGAAUAAAAAUGCUUAUCAUGUGUGACCGGA